CUGCAAGAAGAAUGUAUUGCAUUUAUUAUAGAAAACUUCUCCAAGAUCAUUCAAAGUGAAAAUUUUGCUCUUCUCUUACAGUCACAAGCAAUGAGCAGCACAGCUGAUCUAUUGGACAAAAUUUUAAAAGCAAUUGAAGAAAACAUUACCACUGAGAAUAGUUGCUCUCUUCUUAUGGCUCUGGACACGUUACUGAACUCUGACAUUACAAAGGAAAUGGGUUUUACGUGCAAGAUCCAGGCUCUGCGUGAUAAGCUCUGGAUCUUCCUGGUUCAGUCUUUCUAUGCUGUUCGUCACACAGAAAGCUGGAAGCUGAUGAGCACAGAUGAUCAACAGAAAAUCCAAGCAGCUGCAUUUGACAAAGGUGAUGAUCGAAGACUUGGCAAAAAGCCUGUAUUCAGUAGUUCUCAGCAAAGGAGACAAGUUUCUGACUCUGGUGUUAUAAAAAACAAAUCUUGGAGAGGAAAUAUCAAGAAGGAUUGUUGGAGUUAUCCCUCUACUAAGCAAAAGAUGAAAUCUGAUGGAUUAGGAGCAUCUGGACAUUCAAGUGCUAAUAGAAACACUGUAAAUAAAACCUUGAAACAUGAUGAUUUAAAGGAAAAGGGUAGUACAAAAACAGCAUCUAAGGUUACAAAAGAACUUAAAACUGGGGGGAAGAAUGUUUCUGGAAAGCCCAAAGCUAUAAUAAAGUCCCAAACAGAAAACAGUGAUAAUGCUAAGUCAACAAACACGUCGCCUAGACAAGCUGUGGAAAAAUCAGCAGCAGCAGCAGCAAAUGGACAGAAAAAUUCAUUAAAUGAGAAAGGAGUGAGAAAUCAGGAAGGGCACAUUACAGGUGCCAGACCCAAGGUACUCACUGGAAACUUAAAUGUGCAAGCCAAAGCAAAGCCUUCGAAGAAAGUGACAGGAAAAGAUUCUCCAUGCCUCAGCAUCGCAGGGCCUUCCAGCAGAUCGACCAAUUCAAGUAUGGAAUUGCUGAUUUCUGCUGAAUGUCUGGAUGAACCAAAAGAAAAUGGAUCAGUAGGAGAAGAGAAGCCUUCUGGUGAUAAACUGUCCUUUUGUGAAUCUCCAGGACAGACGGUGAAAAACAGUGUGGAAAGUACCAAAACUUCGACUGUAGCAGUAAAAUCUCGACCCGUUUCAAAAGUUACCAAUGGAAAUUCAAAUAAAAAAGGCAUUCAAGAAGAAACUAAUAUAAGUAGCAGUGUGCUAAAGAAGGGCACUAGCAAAGGAUAUAGUGAUCCAGUACCACAGGCAAUUUUAAAGAAAAAAGGAAAUGGCAGUGGAUGUGCUACAGCUCAACAGAGGACAAAAAAUGCCUCAUCUAAUCUUGCUAAAACUCAAGGAUCUCAAGGAGAGUCACCAAAGUCAGUAAAAUCUUCAGUCUCUUCAAGGCAGUCUGAUGAAAAUGUGACAAAAUUGAACCACAAUACAACUACAGAUAAACAAACAUCUAAGAAAAAAAUUGUCAAGCAAGGACACACACCUUUGCCUAGGGUUAAUGCAAAAAUAGCAGCAAUGUCUAAAAACUUAAAUCAGUCUAAGAAAAGUGAAACUUUGAGUAAUAAAGAUUCAAAACAGAAAACAUUUCCUGGACAGGUUAUAUUGAAAACUCAGCCUUCUUCUCAAAGACCUUUAAAAAGUGAAACAUGUGUUGUCCAAGAAAAUAUAUUUCAUGAUGUACAUGAUAAUAAUAACAAGGAUGAUAUUUCUGAACAGAAGCCUCAUGAACCUCUAAUUAUUAAUCUCACAUCAGAAAUCAGCAGUAGAGAAGCAUUCCAGGCAUCAUGCAAACCUGACCCACAAAAGCCAUUAAGCAAUCAAGAGAAAGAGAAAUUAGUAUUAGAAUGCCAAACUAUUUCAAAUCUGGAUAAAUCAAUAAAGCAUGAACUGGAGUCAAAACGGAUUUGUUCACAUAAAAGUGAAACAAAAUUUUUCAGCGAAGAAUCAGAUCAUCACAACACAGCUAAAAUACAUUGCCUUUCUGAUGGGAGUGAUAAUGCAGAUCCAAAAUUUUAUAACACCACUGUCCUAAAAUCCAUGAUUUCAAAUCCCAGUGAAAACUCCUUGAACUCUAAUCCUGUUUGUGAUUUAGACUCAGCAAAUGCAGAGCAAAUCCAUUCAAUAUCAGAUAGGGAGAAGCAAGGAGGGAAACAAGAUAUAAACAAAAGAUUAAGCAUUAAAUGUGUCAAAGAUGUUUUACCAUGUGUUCCUGAAAGGACAAAUGGUACCUUAAAUUCUGUCCAAGAUGACAGAAAAUCUAAAAUUCAUGUAGAAGAACAGAAAAUUCCUAGUCACUUGUCUGAUGACUCUGCUAUGACUGAAAUCAAACAUGCUACAGCAGACUCAGAUGUUUCCUCCAAGUGUGUUUUGGAACAAAUAUCAGGAAAAAAUUCUCCUAAAGAUAUGGAAACAACAGAAACUCCAGAGAGCCAUGAAACUCCAGAAGUUCCAUUUCUGAGCCACUGGAAUUUGAGUACCAGUGGUCUGCAUCAGAGAGAGAGUCCUGAAUCUGACACUGGCAGUGCCACCACAUCCUCUGAUGACAUAAAGCCCAGAUCUGAAGACUAUGAUGCUGGAGGGUCUCAGGAUGAUGAUGGGUCAAAUGACAGAGGUAUUUCUAAAUGUGGCACUAUGUUGUGCCAUGAUUUUCUUGGAAGAAGUAGCAGUGAUACCAGUACUCCUGAAGAAUUAAAAAUAUAUGACAGUAACUUAAGAAUUGAGGUGAAAAUGAAAAAGCAAAGUAGUAAUGAUCUUUUCCAAGUUAAUUCGACAAGUGAUGACGAGAUUCCUAGGAAACGGCCAGAAAUUUGGUCUCGAUCUACAGUAGUCCACCCUAGGGAAAAAGAAAAUAUUCUACGAGGCAGUGUCCAUUUUGCUCAAGAAGUAGAUCAAGUUUCUUCCUCAGCAGAUGAAACAGAAGAUGAAAGAUCUGAAGCUGAAAAUGUUGGAGAAAAUUUCUGUACAUCUAACUCAGCUCCUCAGCAGUUUCAGGGAAUAAUUAAUUUGGCUUUCGAAGAUGCAACAGAAAAUGAAAAUCACGAGUUUUCUGCAACUAAAAAUUUUAAAAGAUCAGUCUUACUUUCAGUAGAUGAAUGUGAAGAACUAGGAUCUGAUGAAGGGGAAGCCCAUACUGCCUUUCAGCCUUCUGUAGAUUCUCUUUCACCUUCUGAUGUUUUUGAUGGCAUUUCUCAUGAACAUCAUGGAAAGACAUGCUAUUCCAGGUACACACAAGGAUAUGAAGGUAGUAUUUUAGAAUGUAAACAAGAUAAAGGCAAUAGCGUAUAUAAAAACGAAAGCUCUCUCUUGGGUCCCAGCAGCAUUGACUCAUCAAGAAAAGAUAAACAGAGUGCUUCAGUCACAGGAAAAAAGUUCACAGUAGAUGUCCUGUCCAAAGGAGGCAGACAGCUUCUUCCAGAAGAUAAACAAGUAAACAGGGGAAGCAAUGUAGAUAAUGACUUUCAGCAACAUAGCAAACUCUCAGAUAAUGAUAUAAAAUCUCAAGAAAGACCAUGUCAUUUGGAGCUUCAUCAAAGAGAACCCAAUUCUGACAUACCAAAGAACAGCUCUACAAAAUUUCUGGACUCCUGUCGGAGUCAACUUCUGCCUCAGGAAGGUCAAGUGAAAGAGAACCAUUCUACAGCUACCAAAAAAGCUAAUAUUGCUUUAUCUGCAGGAAACAUAGAUGAUUGUGACACACUGGCACAAACCUACAUGUAUGACCAUCGGCCUUCAAAAACCCUCUCUCCAAUAUAUGAGAUGGAUGUAAUAGAAGCAUUUGAGCAGAAAAUGGAAUCAGAAACACAUGUUACAGACAUGGAUUUUGAAGAUGAUCAGCACUUUGCAGAACAAGAUUGGACACUAUUAAAGCAACUGCUCUCUGAACAGGAUUCAAACUUAAAUAUUACGAAUUCUGUUCCUGAAGACUUAAAUUUAGCACAGUAUCUAAUCAAUCAGACACUACUUUUAGCACGAGACAGCUCAAAACCUCAGGGUAAAGCACAUGUUGACACUUUGAACAGAUGGAGUGAACUAACCUCUCCCCUUGAUGAUUCCUCAGCAAGCAUCACCAUGGCUAGUUUUUCCUCGGAAGAUUGUUCACCCCAAGGGGAAUGGACAAUUCUGGAACUGGAAACUCAGCAUUAAGAGUAUGAACACUUUGGAAAAUUUUGAACUAUGCUACCACUUUAUUUUUUGAUGCUUAUAUUAUAUCUAAAUAAUAAUUGCAUUAGCCAGAGAUAGACUGUCCUUAAUAUUGAGGGAGUCUUUACAGUUUAUUGAGGUAAACAUAAUUUGUUUAUUAAUAUAUCAUAUGUAGAAAAAGGUGUUUUUCUAAAAUUUUUGAGCAUGUUUUAUUAUUAGAGAAAUUAGUAGACUUAUAAAGAAACCCUUCAGUUUUCCUUUCCUAACUGAUCAUUUGUUCACUUGUUUAUAAUUCAAGAAUUUAAAAUGUUAAUGCACAAGUAGAUCAGCCCCUUUACUUUUUGCUCUGCAUAUGGUAACAGUAAUUUAACAAUAAAAAACUUAUUGUGCUUGUGUCAA